UCAGAAUUGUAUUUUUUGAUCGCCCGUUUUCUGUCGAAUGGACCCUGUAAAAAGACCUCAGAGAUUUUAUUACAUGAAUUGGAAGAGAACAAGCUUUUACCGAAAAGAGUAGAUUGGGAAGGCCGGGAACAUUUCAGAAGUUACAGUAACUUGAUUGAGAUAAAUUCCCAUGUAUCAGCUGAUUAUUUAUUAAGGGUCUGUGAGAGAUUAGGGCCUCUGGUUGAUAAAGAAGUUCCACCAUGUGUUACAGGGGUCAGAUCGUUACUAGGGGCAGGUCACAUGUCAUUACUGAGGACAAUAGAAGAUAUAAAAGAAACAAAAUGGACUCCAUCUAAAUAUAUAACACUAUCACAUGGUUACCCUACCUUACCUCCCUCUAAUCUAGCUACACCAAAUAUCUGUCAUGUAUUACAUGCUCAAAAGUUAAGUGGCAGAAGUCGUAAAGACAUUGUGUUCCCGACACCAUUUUAUAAAAAGAUUGAACGCUACGACCGAAAGUUAGGCCACCUAUCAGCUGUAUAUUGUGUUCUGUUUGAUAGAACUGGUCAAUAUAUAUUUACUGGAGCAGAUGAUCAUUUAGUAAAAGUAUGGAGUGUUAAAGAUGGCCGACUGCUGGCUACAUUCCGUGGUCAUUCUGCUGAAAUAACAGACAUUGCUGUCAAUUUUGAGAACACAUUAUUAGCUGCUGGUAGUUGUGAUAAAAUGAUAAGAGUUUGGUGUUUAAAAACCAAGUCUCCGGUGGCCAUUUUACAUGGUCAUUCUGGCAUGAUAACAUCUGUACAGUUCUGUCCACAAUGUAAAGGUGAAACACGGUAUUUAUUAUCUACUGGAGGAGAUGGUUGUGUUUGUUUCUGGACUUGGAAUGUCGUCACCAAUAAAUUCAAUUCUAAACCAAUAAAGUUUAUAGAGAGAUCUAGGGCAGGAGCUCAGAUGUUAUGUUCAUCAUUUAGUCCUGGUGGUAUGUUUUUAGCCACUGGUAAUUCAGACCACGUUAUCCGAGUCUACUUCCUUCAUGCUACUGCACCAGAAAAAAUCUGCGAACUAGAAGCUCACUACGAUCGUGUUGACAGUAUAACAUACAGUAAUCAUAGUGUUAAUUUUGUUAGUGGUAGUAAAGAUGGUACAGCUAGAAUAUGGCGAUAUGAAAGACAGGAAUGGAGAGCGACAGUGUUAAACAUGUCCACUGUGUUGCCAUGCGCGACUGCAACACCGAAUACUUACUCUAGUCAAGAAAAACCUAGUGUAACUAUGGUCUGUUGGAGUAAAAAUGAUUUAUUAGUAGUGACCGCAGUUAGUGAUUUUACUAUUAAAGUCUGGAAUUCUACUACCGGUAAACUACAGCACAUACUUAAGGGCCAUGAUGAUGAAGCGUUUGUAUUAGAAUCCAAUCCAGUAUUUCACCAUAUAUUUGUCAGUGCUGGACAUGAUGGUAAAGUAAUAAUCUGGGAUGUCAAGAAAGGACAGAUGAUAAAAUCAUUCUUUAACAAUAUUGAAGGUCAAGGUCAUGGUGCUGUAUUUGACUGUAAAUUUUCACCAGAUGGAUUAAAAAUAGCAGCCACAGACUCCCAUGGUCACCUGUUAGUCUUUGGUUUUGGAUAUAACAACAAAUACAAAGAGGUGCCUCAAGAGCUGUUCUUUCACACAGACUACCGUCCAUUGAUCCGAGACACCAACAGUUACGUUCUAGAUGAGCAGACACAACAAGCCCCACAUCUCAUGCCCCCACCCUUCUUGGUAGAUAUAGAUGGCAACCCUUACCCACCAAAAAUACAGAGAUUGGUACCAGGAAGAGAGAAAUGUUCUCCUGAUCAGCUGGUACCUCAAGUGGCUUAUAAUGAAGAAGCCCUUGUUCAUCAACCAGGUGCACAAGGAGCUCAAGAAGACAGACGCAGCAUUGAUGAGAUGAUCCAGAAUUUACAGAGAGAACAGGACCAACGUGUGGCUAGAAUAGGUGCUGAACCUCUAGCUUCUCCGCCUCAUCCACAAGGUUCACCAAGAGGAAGGCAUCCAUCUGGACAAGUGAUUUCUGGAAUAUUUUCAGGUUUAGUUGGAAUGAGACGUAGUGGUGAAUUAGAAGGUGUAAGACAGUCGCUAGGCAACGUAUCCCAGAGAUCUACACCAAGAGAUAUAGCAGCCUUGAACCGCAGACGUCUGAUUAGAGAUAUUGAUUCUCAAGAACUCAAGCAUAAUGAAGAAGUAAGAAUAGCGUUAGGUGAUGUAGAACAUAAGAAGUUUAUGUGUGAAAGAAAGAAAAGACCACAUGGAGCCCAUGAUGUAAGUUAUACAAAUUUUUGCUUAGGACGUAAAACUCCAUUCGUUUCAUUUUAUUUUCUAUUUCAGCACGACUAUGCAUUACAUGUAGAGAAUCGUAGAAAGGGUGGUAAUAAAAGUCGACACAGUAAUCAGGCUGAAGUGGCUGCUGCUGCUGAUAAUGUGGAAGUAACUACUAAUAGAUUAACAGCUAGAGCUUUGUAUGAUACAGAAGAUGAGUACUAUGAUCUAUUUUACAGCGACUCAAGUGUAUAUUCUGAUUGGAUGGGAGACAGAGAAACAAAUUUACAACCUCCUACUAGACAAUCUACACGCACUAGAAAACGGAAACGUGUCAGCUCAUCUGAAAAUGAUGAUGAUGAUGAUGAUGAUGAUAAUGAUGAUGACGAUAAAGAUGAUGACGAUGAUGAAGAAGAUAACAAUACUAGUAUUAGAGAAGUACCAGAAGAAUUCCGUCCACCAGAAUGGUUAACUGAUACAGUACCACGUAAAACACCCUACGUACCACAGAUGGGAGAUGAGGUCAUGUAUUUUAGACAGGGUCAUGAACAGUAUUUAAAAGCUGUUAAAAGAACCAGUGCCUAUCAAAUCAACAUAGAGCGCAAUCAACCUUGGCAUAAAAAUCCACACCUCAGGGAACAAGAAUUAGUACGUAUUAUUGGUAUCCAUUAUGAAAUCCGUCCACCUAGAUUAUGUUGUUUAAGAUUAGCUGUUAUAGAUCCUGAAUCUGGUAAAGCAGUUGGUAGUAAAUUCUCUAUCAAAUAUCAUGACAUACCAGAUGUGAUAGAUUUUGUUGUAUUAAGACAGAAUUAUGACACAGCUAUGGCCAGAAAUUUUAAACCAGGUGAUAAGUUUAGAUCUAUAAUUGAUGAUAUGUGGUGGUUAGGAACUAUAGUAUCACAGGAACCAUUCCAACCAGAGUUCCCUGACAGCAUGUACCAAUGUUUUAAUGUAUUAUGGGAUAAUAAAGAAACAGAAAAACUCAGUCCAUGGGAUAUGGAACUGAUAGGAAGAAACUGUCCCCAAUCAGCACAUGGUGAAGGUUUUCUAGUGUUGCCAGAAGAAAUGAAAGCACUACUGUACACACCUAAAGCCAAUGAAUGGCCACCAGAGGGCAGGGAUGUGGAAUGUGACAGAAUUGUACAUGGACUAGAGUUACUGAUGGAACAUCGUAUUGCCGAAUAUUUUAGUGCUCCUGUGGACCUGAGUGCCUUCCCUUCUUACGCCAUUGUUAUAGAAUAUCCUAUAGAUCUCAGUACUAUCAAAGCCCGGUUAGAAAAUAGAUUUUAUAGACGUGUGAAUGCUAUACAGUAUGAUGUCAGAUAUCUAGAAACCAAUGCCAGGAAAUUUAACGAACCCAAUUCCCAGAUAGUUCAAUCAGCAAAAAUACUUACAGACACUAUUCUUAGAUUAAUAAGUGACAGUUCUUGCCGUGAUCCAAUGCCUAUUUUACACCAACUACAACAGAUCUCUAAUAGUGAAACAGAUGAAGAUGAAGGGGGCAGCACUAGUAAAAGAAAUAGAACUGCUAGAAGAAGUAAAACAGAUAGAAGUACUGAUCCAGAUGCCUGGAUAGAAAAUUGUCGACAAUUAUUACAAACUGUAUUUCAAUGUGAAGAUUCCCAACCAUUCCGUGAACCUAUAUCACUUGUUGAUCAUCCUGUAAGUUUAUAUUCUUUCUCCCAGAAAAACCUAAUUUAUCAAGACUAUUUUGAUAAAGUAGACACACCCAUGGACUUUACACUGAUUAGAGACAACCUUAACGCCAACCAUUAUAGCAAUCCUGCUGAACUGUGCAAAGAUGUCCGAACUAUAUUCCAGAAUUCCAAAUUGUACAAUACGAACAAACGCUCAAGGAUUUACUCCAUGACAGUCAGGUUGUCGGCCAUGUUUGAAGAGAAAAUUAAAGAAAUUCAGACCAAAUGGAAAGCUAAUAGAGGUAAAGGAGGAAGUAGGACUAAGUCACGUCCAUUGGAUCAAACCACUACCGGACCAUCUUCAUCCCAGAUUGAACCAGUUGAUACCAGUUUGUCAGCCAGUUCUAGCCGACCAAGAAGAACAACUCGUGGACAAGUACCAGCUCCAAGUUCUUCUAAUGUUAAUGGUCAUGUCAAUGGUAUCUCUCCCAUGUUCAGAAGUAAGUUUUUUGUUGGAAAUCUUUACCAUGUCAUCUCAAAAUAUCUUAAAUAA